GCGCCCUGGGCCGCCCGGGCUCCCGGCAUGUCCGUGCGGUACACGCUCAACCUGAGGGUCUUCUGGCCCUUGGUGACCGGGCUGUGCACGGCGCUAGUGUGCCUCUACCAUGCCCUACGCAGCAGCGAGGGUGCCCGGGCCGAGCCCCCCGACGGCGCAGACAGCGGCUUCCCGCUGCUCAAGGUGGCUAUCCUUCUUCUCCUCUGCUACAUCCUCCUACGAUGUCGCCACACCAUCCGCCAGCGCCUCUUGCCAGGCUCUUCCCGCCCAUGUGGCCAUGCCAACUUCUCAGCCAGAUCCUUGCAAGAGCCAGGCCUGAGCAUCUUGCUGGAGAGUUACUAUGAGCACGAAGUGCGCCUAUCGCCACAUGUGCUAGGUCACAGCAAGGCGCAUGUGAGCCGGAUCGUAGGGGAACUGGUGCAAGCUGGCCGAGCCCGAGGGUCUCCGGGCCCCAUCACCGGUGGAGCGCUGGCUUUGGCCUUCCGGGGAGACUUCAUCCAGGUGGGCAGCGCCUACGAACAGCAUAAAAUCCGGCGACCCGACAGCUUCGACGUGCUGGUGCCACUGAGACUCCCGCCGCAGGUGGCGCUGGAGCCACGGAGCCUAGGGACUGAACCUGCUCUGACCCCGGCCUUCCGCAGCUGCUUCGUGUGCACCCUCAAGGCACCGCCCUCGCCAUCGGGGACCUCGACGGGCCAGUGGCAUCGCGACUGCAAGCCCUUCGCUGAAGGCUUCUGUGUGGAUGUGCAGGGCCGUCGCCACCUCUCAGCUACCCUGGUGCUGCGCUGGUUCCAGGCGCACCUACAGCGCUCCUUGGCCACCGUGCGCUACAGUUUGGAGGGUCGCUGUCGCGUCAGCCUGACCCCAGGGGGUCUGGAGCAGCCUCCCACCCUUCACAUCCUUCCCUGCCGCACGGACUAUGGCUGCUGCCGCCUUUCCAUGGCCGUGCGCCUCAUCCCGGCUGUCCACCUGGGUGAAGGCGUCUUCCUUGUGGCACCGCCGCCACCACCCUCGCCUAGCGGGGCUCUGUCAGAGCUCCCAGGUGGCCUGCGUGCUGAGGCACUGUGGGGUGUGAACACAGCACGUCAGGAGCAGAAACUGCUGGGCUGGCUUCAGGAACGGGCGCCUCCAGGUGCCUGCUACCUCAAGUGCCUGCAGCUGCUUAAGGCCCUUCGAGACUUGGGUGCCCGCGGGCUGGACCCGAUGGCUGCUACACACUGGGGACGCAUCCUGUCCUCCUACAUGCUCAAAACAGCGGUGCUCGAGGUGCUUCUGAAUGAGGGGGGCCCAACACCUAGCUGGGACGAGGCAUACCUGAGUGAGUGCUUGGAGAAGUUGGUGAAGUUCCUUAGGGACUGCCUGCUGCGACGCCGAGACCUCUUCCAUUGUGUCCUAGGUCCGGCUGGGGCAGCUGCCGAAGUUGGACCCCUGCCCAAGGUGCUGCGUGAGGCCCCUCCAGUUGACCUCCUGGCACCCUUCGACCAGCAUGCCCGGGAGCUUGCAGCAGCGCGGUUACUGUCCACCUGGCGAAGGUUGCCCCAGCUUCUCCAGGUCUAUGGUGGUCCCCGUUACCUUGCCAGGUGUCCUGCACCCCGGAGUCAACGCAUCCAGGGCUUCCCGGAAGAUGAACCAUGAACACUGAUUACACACCACUGACCAAAUGCCCCUUUCCCACGGAUGAGAGCACCGAUGGCAGCUAAAUAACAGAUGAGCUGUCCCAGGUGUUGGAAAAUUUGAAGGAUGUCACAGGAUUUGGUGGCACGAAUGUUCUGUCCUAGGCUCCCUGGCCUAAGAUAGCAGUGGCAUCUUCUGCAGACCUAGUAGAGUAUCCUGGGUGGUCUUAUACACCGAUCUCUCUGUCCCCCAAAUUAUUAAAAGCAAUCAUUUUUUAUUUAC